ACAACUUCGGAGAAAAAGGCAUGGUUGCCGAGCUGCUCAAGGGCAGCAACAACGGGGUUUUGAGCCAUGGUGACGUGAAGAGGGUGGCGGCGAUCCACAAACAGACACCCAAGACGGGGUUGUCAUGGGCGUUGAGAUGGGUUCGGCCCAGCGCCGGCGAUGCACACAAGUUCCACCACUUCUUCGACUUCCUUCACUUGGACGAGAAAUGGUUCUACAUCUGCAAGCAGGGUCAGCGAUACUACUUCUACGAGGGCGAGCACCUCCCCAUCCGGAAGGUACAGCACAAGAGCCACGUGAUCAAGGUCAUGUUCCUCGCAGCAGUAGCGCGGCCGCGCUACGACUCUAGCCGCAGCCGUCAGUUCGACGGCAAAAUCGGCAUCUACCCCUUCACGGUGCAGCGUGCGGCGCAGCGCAACGGCAGGAACAUGGCAGCGGGGACGAUGGUGACGCACAGUGUGGAGGUCAACCGCACACUGUACAAGAAGCUGAAUAACAACGUUUUCCCGGACAUAAGGGCUAAGUUCCCGUCGUCGCCCAUCAUCUUCGCGCAGCAGGAAAACGCUCCGGGCCACCGUGCAAUGGAAGACCCUGACGUGGUGGCGGCGGCCGGGCAGGGAGCAGGCAGGAUAGAGCUCGUCAACCAGCCUCCCAACAGCCCGGACUGCAACAUCCUCGACCUGGGGUUCUUCAACUCCAUCCAGUCUCUACAAGACCGCACCACCCCCACCACGGUGGAGGAGCUUGUGGCGGAAGUGGAGAGAGCCUUGUGGGCGCAGAAGCCGGAAACCCUCGGCCGGGGCAUAAAUGGCUUCAAUGAUGGUGCAGGACAAGAAGAAGGCUACACCGCCGUGGCCUUCGUGCUGCUUGCUCGGGCCCGUUUGCGGAACCUGCGCCGCCAAAGCCACCACUCCAUGGACCUCUUCGAGGUAAUGGCUGUUAUGAACGUGCGCCUCACCAAGCUCGUGGCUUUCAUUAGCGAAGGACAAGAUAAGGAGGUCCCGCCAACAGUACUUGUCGAGAAAGAGCAGGUGGCCCCGGGCUCGGUGCUGCCGACGUUAUUGGCGCAGAGUGUGUUCUCCACACGCGUUCUCGCGGUGGCGACUGGGUCCACCACCGGCAAGGCUCCGGAAGCCGAAGAGGAGUUCACGAAUGGACUUCAACCCGCCAACGAGUGCACAAGGAAGAGGGCAGAACUGGCUGAGCGUUCACGAGCAUGUUUCGGGUCGGCGGUGCGGCGUACGAAAGCCCUUCAGAUUCAGGUGGCUCAACAUCAACCGGGGAAAACCGCUGACACCAAUGACAUCGUGGACGAGUAUCGCCUUCCAUUCGGCACCCAACCUCUGCAGGAGGACCCCACGGCGACCGUGCGCAGAACGCACGCCCUGGGGAGCAAUCCCGGACCUUACUCCGGGCUAGACACCCCGCACGACUCCAACCACGGGGAUGACUGCCGCCGAAAGUACGUUAGGAUAGACUCAUGCGCCCAGCUUUCGGGGGUCAACCUCAACGCGCACAAGCAGAACCAUGCGAAGAAGAAAAAGUUUGUACACAUGCUGAAUGACAUGAAAUUUGACCGCUUUGCGUUCAUGGUUACUCUGAUCAACGAGACCGAGAAUGAGGCAAUACACCGCAAGUCGGUGGCAAACAUGGUCAAGCUUGUUCGAGGCCAUGGCUCGGAACAGGUAAAGAUUUUCCAGGCUCAGGUUUGGUUCUACGGCAGAUGCUUCUGCCAGAAGUCUCUUAUGCGAUCAUUUCGACCAGUUCGACAGGAUUCGGCCGACCUUUGUUGA